AUGAAUUGCGUGUCUGAUUUCUUCACCUAUGAGACCACCAAGUCUGUGGUGGUGAAGAGCUGGACCAUUGGCAUCAUCAACCGGGCCGUGCAGCUGCUCAUCAUCUCCUACUUUGUGGGGUGGGUUUUCUUGCACGAGAAGGCGUACCAGGUGCGGGAUACAGCCAUUGAGUCCUCGGUGGUGACCAAGGUGAAGGGCUUUGGGCGCUAUGCCAACAGAGUCAUGGACGUGUCCGAUUAUGUCACCCCACCCCAGGGCACCUCUGUCUUCGUCAUCAUCACCAAGAUGAUCGUCACAGAAAACCAGAUGCAAGGCGUCUGCCCGGAGAGCGAGGACAAGUUCCGCUGUGACUCUGACAGCAAGUGCACACCCAAGAGAGUUGCGGGCAGCGGGAUCCUGACAGGCCACUGCGUGAACUACAGCUCUGGGCUGCAGACAUGUGAGGUCCAGGGCUGGUGCCCCACCGAGGUGGACACAGUACACAUGCCGGUCAUGAUGGAAGCCGAGAACUUCACCAUCUUCAUCAAGAACAGCAUUCGCUUCCCGCUCUUCAACUUCGAGAAGGGAAACCUCCUUCCCAACCUGACAGCAGAGGACAUGAAGAAGUGUCGCUUCCACCCGGAAAAGGCCCCGUUCUGCCCCAUCCUGCGGGUGGGCGACGUGGUCAAGUUUGCAGGGCAGGAUUUCGCCAAGCUGGCCAGCACGGGUGGUGUCCUGGGCAUCAAGAUCGGCUGGGUGUGCGACUUGGACAAGGCCUGGGAGCAAUGCAUCCCCAAGUAUUCCUUCACGCGGCUGGACGGCGUGUCCGAGAAGAGCAGCGUGUCCCCAGGCUACAACUUCAGGUUUGCCAAGUACUACAAGAUGGAGAACGGCAGUGAGUACCGCACACUCCUCAAGGCCUUCGGCAUCCGCUUCGACGUGCUGGUCUAUGGGAACGCCGGCAAGUUCAACAUCAUCCCCACUAUCAUCAGCUCUGUGGCAGCCUUCACCUCCGUGGGAGUGGGCACUGUACUGUGUGACAUCAUUCUGCUCAACUUCCUCAAGGGCGCUGACCAGUACAAAGCCAAGAAGUUUGAGGAGGUCAACGACACCACCCUCAAGGUGGCCGCCUCAGCCAACCCCGUGUUCCCCAGCGACCAGGCCACCGAGGAGAAGCAGUCCACGGAUUCGGGGGCCUACUCCAUUGGCCACUAG